AUGGAGAAUGGAGAACUAUAUUACUUGAAUCAAACAGGGACAACGUGGGAAAGUGCAAGGUCUCAAUGCCUUACCUCUUCGUCCCAUCUUGCUGAAAUUGAAUCCAUUGAAGAGAAUUCUUGGAUUCUCGGAACUCUUGCACCAGCUCAGUGUUUUGAUAGUUGGUUCCAGUGUGUGUUUUGGAUUGGUGGCAAUGAUCUGGAUAACGAAGGGUCCUUUGUGUGGAGUAGCGACAACACAGCCCCGGAUUUCUACAACUGGGCUCCAGUGGAGCCCAAUAGUUACACUGACUAUGAUGAUUGUAUUGUGGUCAUAUACCCAUGGGGAGCAUGGGCCGAUUUUGGCUGUACUACCAAAGUUCCAUUUCUCUGCAAAAAAGCUCAAUUCAGCCUAUAACUGGAGUUAUACGACGUGUUA